AAACGCGCACGCAUAAUAUGAUUGGACGAAGAGACGCGUUCUCAAAUAACGCAAGCGAAAAAGUUAACUCUCUCACAAGUUUGGUGCGAGUUGCAUGUUUAGAAAAUGACUAGAUUUGCCAAAUAUUAGCCGUUUAGAGUACAGCUUCGGUAUAAACUCGCGUUAUAGUAAAAUAGAAACACUGCGAUGUCGCUCUGCAAAGAGCGGUUAGUUCCUGAAGAAAAGCCAGAAGCAGUAUUAGGUAAAAGCAAUGGGGACACUGGGAAGAAGUCCAAAGCGGUGUGUGGUGUUUGCAGUCGGAUGUAUCGAGACCCUAAAAUCCUGCCCUGCUUGCACACGUUCUGCGCGGACUGCAUUCGCCAGCGCGAGCCGUUCUCUGAGCGUCGCGUAAACGGGGAACGACGCUCGCCGGAGGAUGACACGCACGGGCGCAACGCCGGCUCGACGAUCCUGUGUCCCGAGUGCGAUUCAGAGGUGGAUCUGCCCCCAUCGGGCGUGGACGGGCUGACCACUGACCAUCUCGCACUGGACGAGGUUUUCGCGGAGACGCUGCUGGUGGGCUGCAGGGUUUUGUGCGACUUGUGCAGCGACAGCGAUAGCGACGCGGGGAAGCGCUGCGAGGUGUGCUGCGUCAACCUCUGCGACUUCUGCAGUCAGGCCCACAGGAGACAGAAGAGGACCUCUUCUCACUCUAUCCAAAGCCUACAGGAGCUGAAGUCUCAGGGUCGUCUCUCUAGACCCGUCCUGUGCUCGCUUCAUCCAGGCCAGGAGUUGCGUCUCUUCUGUGAGCUGUGUGACCUCACUGUGUGCCUGGAGUGUGCGGCCACCUUUCACCGCGACCACCACUGCAGCUCUGCCCACGAAGUCAUCAGCCAUCAUGGCGAUCGCAUCAGAGAUCUGGUGGUCGGGAGCUUAAGGCCUCGUCUCGCCCGUCUGGAGGAGUCUCUGAGACGCUUGGACACAUCCCAAGAGGCGCUGCAGGCACGGGCUGAUACGUUGGCUGGUGAGAUCCGGGCGUUUGCUCGGAGCUAUGCCAGCGCGGUGGAGGCACAUUGCUGCUCACUGCUGCGGUCACUGGAGGACUUAAAGUUGCAGCGCAGGAAUCAACUCAAUCUGCAGAAGGCUCAGCUGCAGCAGGCCCUAUCUGAUGUCCGAGGUGGGGUGGACUUCGCCGAACGCUUGCUCACAUGUGGUUCUGAUGCUGAAAUCCUCAGUGCCAAAGGAGUUACUAUGAGGAGACUGAUGAACCUCGUGGAGGCAGGAUUCGACCCACACCCAACGACGGUUGCCCCUGAUAAUGCCAGCCGCAUUUGUUUCCUUCCUCAAGAGAGCGCUGGAGAGGUGCAGGGAUUUCCGGUGGUAGGAGUCAUACAUACCAAGACUGUGGAUCCCAGCAAGUGCACGAUCCAGGGAGAAGGUGUGGAACGGGGUCGUGAAGGUCAGAGGGGAGAGUUCACUCUGGUUUGCCGGGACUCCUCCGGAGAGCAGAUGGGCCGAGGUGGAGACCCUGUGCUGGUCAGCAUAGUGCACAAGGAGAGGAAGGGCUGCUCUGUGGAGGCAGCUGUGGUGGAUAAGGCAGAUGGUUCCUAUGGUGUGUCCUACACCCCGGCUGAAGCAGGUCUCUACUCCGUGUGGGUCUGUGUUAAAGCCCAGCACGUCCAGGGUUCACCGUUUGUGCUAAAUGUGAAAAGGAAGUUCAGACGUCAUCAUGGCGUAUUCCAUUGUUGUUCUUUCUGCUCAAGUGGGGGCGCUAAAGAGGCGCGCUGCGGCUGCACAGGAAUUAUGCCAGGAGGGUUUCAGGGUUGUGGCCAUGGUCAUAAGGGACAUCCCGGUAAGCCCCACUGGUCGUGUUGUGGGAGUGUAGUGGAGGCCUCAGAGUGUGUUCUACAUAACCUGGGCAGCGUUUCUCCUCGUGGACACCUCAGGACCGUGGAGCUCUGAGAGCAAAUAUGCUCUGAUCAACAUAACCAUAAACCCAUAAACAUACUUGAAUCUUCUCAACCAGCCUGCGUGAAAAAAAAUCACACAAAAAACACGUGUUGUGUUCAAGUGCCAACGCUAAAUACUUUACACGCUACGCUAUCAGAAUUGUAAAGAUAUACACAUUUAGAACUAGUUAUUUUUAAUCGUAGUCCAUUUUUAAUUUCUGUGGCAUCAUAUUGUACCACAUUUUAUCACGAUCAGCGUGAUUUAAAGAAAUAUUGUAUGCAGUACUGUUUUAUGUUUCAUCUUUAAUAAUAAUCAGCAUGUUUCCUUUUUAUUUUAUCCAGUUAUUUGAGCAAUAAGUUACGAGUUAAUAUAUUUUUACAUGUGUGCAUGACUCCAAAGGCUGCGGCUGUCAUUGUAUUCAUCCAUCACUUUUCUCUUGUCUUUGUGUAUGCUGUAUUGGUUCCACAGGUGAAACAACAUUUACCUCUCCACUUCUGUGGCUACGAAACUGCCAUUUUGAAGACUGUUUUUUUUAUUCGUUGUUAAUGUGACGUGUUUUGCACCGUGAAUACUGUGUAGUGUGAUCUAUAAAACAUCCAUGACAAAAUGUGCAUCUUUUUACACA